AACGUGGGAGAGAGGAAGAGGGCAAGAACCGCAAACAAGGGGGAAGACAGUAAUCAAGGCCAUGACAGAGGCCUGGAAUGUGGCAGUGUUUGCUGCUCGGCGGCGCAACGAUGAUGAAGAUACCACUAAGGAAACUUUAUUUGCUUACACCAACAGCAACAAUACCCGUGACCCUUUUGAAGGUCCAAACUAUCAUAUUGCACCACGAUGGAUCUACAACUUAACUUCACUCUGGAUGAUCUUUGUUGUCAUUGCUUCAGUCUUUACCAAUGGUUUGGUAUUGGUGGCCACAGCCAAAUUCAAGAAAUUACGGCAUCCGCUCAACUGGAUUUUGGUGAACUUGGCUAUAGCUGAUUUGGGUGAAACAGUUAUUGCUAGCACCAUCAGUGUCAUCAACCAGGUCUUUGGCUAUUUCAUCCUUGGCCAUCCUAUGUGUGUUUUGGAGGGUUAUACUGUCUCUGCUUGUGGCAUUACAGCUCUCUGGUCUUUGGCCAUUAUUUCCUGGGAGCGCUGGGUUGUUGUUUGCAAACCUUUUGGAAAUGUCAAGUUUGAUGCUAAAAUGGCUCUUGGUGGUAUUUUCUUCUCCUGGAUAUGGUCUUGUACCUGGACAGCACCACCAAUCUUUGGCUGGAGUAGAUACUGGCCCCAUGGUCUGAAAACAUCAUGUGGUCCAGAUGUAUUCAGUGGCAAUGAAGAUCCAGGUGUCCAGUCUUACAUGAUUGUCCUGAUGAUUACCUGUUGUGCAAUUCCCCUGAGCGUCAUCAUUAUUUGUUACUUGCAAGUGUGGAUGGCUAUCCGUGCGGUUGCAGCCCAGCAGAAAGAGUCAGAAUCCACACAGAAGGCUGAGAAGGAAGUGUCAAGGAUGGUAGUGGUCAUGAUCAUUGCCUAUAUUGUCUGCUGGGGACCAUAUACAUUUUUUGCCUGUUUUGCUGCUGCCAAUCCAGGCUAUGCCUUUCACCCCCUGACAGCUGCCCUACCUGCCUUCUUUGCAAAAAGCGCCACCAUUUACAACCCAAUUAUCUAUGUCUUCAUGAACAGACAGUUCCGUAAUUGCAUAAUGCAGCUCUUUGGCAAGAAAGUGGAUGAUGGUUCUGAACUUUCUUCUACUUCCCGCACUGAAGUCUCAUCUGCCUCUAACUCUUCUGUAUCACCGGCAUAAGAGCUCUUUCUUGAUAUAUAUCAAGACAGUUCUGCCUCCCAGGAGAGCCCUAGUGAGAAUUUCUCCUCCUUUCCGCAGCAUAUGGAUUCCCUAUGCAUAUCUAACAUAUUGGGCUGCUAUUGCACAAACCCGUUCCUUGGACUUAAGACUGUGACCCAGGUUGGGUGCUUCUAUUUCUCCUAGGGAGAGGGAGGUGUUUCCGCUUUCCUUUCAGAAUUGUUUAAGAGGUGGCAAUGAAAAGGUCAUAUCUCUAUAUUCAAAUAUUCCAUCUGUCUGAUAUUUUCCUGGGGAUUCAGAGGUUGUUUUGAUUGUUGAUUUCAUCCCCUAUCAUUGUAUCUUUAAUUAAUCUUUCACUUAUCCUUCGGACUGCAAGAGAGGCAGAACAAAGGGGGCUCCUGUGGAAAGUUUAUGACUUUUGUGAAGCAAGUCUAUUCCCCCCCCCUUUUUUUAUAUAGAGAAUCUUCUAAGAUUUGAAGAUUUGAAGAUGAGUAUCUUCAAGAUGCCACUUCCUAUGAAUGGGUAGAUAGUUUGAUGUAUCCACAAAAGGUGAUAAUCUAGACAUCAGCCACAGCAGUUCUAUUUUGAUUAUCUUUUGCUCUGCCCCUCUUAUGAAGUGUUUGGGUGGGUGCAGGGAGUUUAUUGAAAGGAGGCUGGAGAAUGAAGUUGUUCCCUGCAAUUUCUGUGCCUCAGCAUGUUUGGAGAUACUGAUUUCUAGCUAUGCCUAAGAGGAAACAUAAUUCUGGCAGAAAUCAUAGAUGAGAACUUGCCGUUAGCACUUUGGCCAUCCCAGAACUCUGUAUAUCUCCUCAGCAUGGCUAAACAGGACCCACUCUGUACAUAAUAUUUGAUAUUAAAAUCACCCAUGUUCCAUGGGUUAUUUAGCUAGAAAUGC